AUGAAAUUCUCUACCACCCCAAUCCUCCUUACUUCCCUCGCCCUCUCCUCAACAGCAACGUUCGGUGCGCCCCUUCCUCCAGUCCCUAACUCCAACUUCAACGGUAAUGCUGGGUUGGACGUCGGAACAAACUCCCAACUCAGAUCACCUAAUCCCAACUCUGGUACAGAUGAAUAUAAAGAUUCGCCUAGACCUGGUGGUGGAGGGGACGCUUCGCCUUUACUUGGUAUAGGGGUGAAUACAUUGGGUUUGAACGUCGAUUUAGCCAAUUAUCGAAAUACCAAUCGGGCCGUGGAUACGAAUGGUGGACUGGGAUUGGACGUCAAUCUUGGUGGAAGAGGUGCAGGGGGGUUGAUAGGUAUUGGAGGGAUGGGAAGACCAAAUAAGAGACAACUCCCCUCCAUCCCCUCGCCUUCCAAUCCCCUUAUCCCAUCCAACGCCGAUCUACCCAUCCCCACUUCCGUACCUAUGGUUCCCCAAGCUGCUAAAUCCGGAGGGGACAUCACCGGCUUACCUCAAAGUGUGACUAUACAAGCCUUCGGUCAAUCUGGUAAUACCCCAGGGGGAGUGACUGGUCAAGCUACAGGAUUACUCGGUGGAUUACCCUUAGUAGGUGGUGUAUUAGGUGGUGGUGGUGGUAAUCCCAUUCAAGGUCUUACGGGAACUGUAGGCGGCUUGACGAAUGGUUUACCUCUUCAAGGAUUGACCGAUACACUUGGUGGAUUGACAAAUAGAUUGCCAUUACAAGGAUUGACGGGGAUCAUUGGGGGUUUGACUAAUGGAUCACCCAUACAGGGAUUAGUAGGAGGAUUGACUUCUGUUUCGCCACUUCAAGGUAUCACUGGUGCAGUCGGCGGUCUGACAAACGGACUUCCUCUUCAAGGUAUAACUGGGACAGUCAACGGGUUGACCAAUGGUCUUCCUAUUCAAGGUCUCACCGAUACGGUUGGAAGUCUUACCGGUGGACUUCCAUUACAAGGUCUGACUGGUACAAUCAAUGGGUUGACUGCUGGAUUACCUUUUCAAAGAGUUACGUCGACAGUUGGAGGAUUCACCAAAGGUCUACCUGUACAAGAUCUUACGUCCACGGUACAAGGGUUGACUUCCAAUGGACCACUAUCGGGAGUUGCUCAACCCAUCAAUGGAUUAGUCGGAUCAUUAGAUACUAGCAAUCCCACAGGUGUGGUCAAUGACCUCUCUCAGGAUGUUAGUGGUACAGCCGCUGGCUCGACACUAGGCAAUAUCGUUCAAUCGCUCGGAUCUAAUACCUAUCUGUUAUCCACUGGACAAAUCCUCAAACUUGCUUCUGAUGUAUCUACCACUACUGGAACGUCCCCUGCCACGGCACCAGUCUUAAACGGUCUGAGAACAAUCGAAAUAGAGGGAAAGAUGUAUAUCAUCAAUCCACUCGGACAGCUAGUUGGCACACUCACUUCACCAAGUUCGACAGUAGGAUUAUAUAGUGACCCAUCUUCUUCUACGAGUUAUGAUGGUAGUGUCAAUCAACAGGAUAACGGAGAUGACAACGAUACGGAUGGAUGGAAUGGUCCUUAUCCCUCAGUACUUCCUCUAGCUUCUCAACCCGAUGCUAUAGAUCUAGUGGCUCAAUCGAUGAAAGGAUAUGAACCUCCUAAACCCUAUCUUUCUUCAUCCACAUCCACACCAUCCGCAGUGGACGGCGCUACUCAAUUGGGAACUGAUAUCGAUACUGAGUCAUUAUCUCAAGUUAUCCCUCAACCUGAUAGAACAUGGGGACAAAUGACCGGAUCAAGAUUGACUACUUCUCUUCCUAUCCCCAUACCGACUGAUCCCAUCACCGCUAUAGCCACAGCUACGCCGACCUUGGCAUCUACCAUCACCUCGACUGCUACCGCUACGCUUACACCUGCCGAAGGAUGGGGUGAGUGGGUCACAGGUGUACCCACCGCUUUACCCACUGCGUAUGGCAACUCGAAUGGAGAUUGGAAUGAUGGUGCGGUAGGAAGCGAGAUGGUCCCUCAGACCAGUAGUGGGUUGGCUUAG